AUGGCCACAUCUCUUGUGCAGUUGUAUUGCUACGACCUCAGCGGAGGGAUGGCGGAGUCCAUGAGCCUCAUGUUGAUUGGGCGCCAUUUGGAAGCAAUAUGGCACACUGGAAUUGUUGUGUAUGGAAAGGAGUACUAUUUUGACGGCGGGGUUGGCAUUGUUCACUCCUCACCCGGUGGAUCUCACUUUGGCACGCCAAAACGGGUAGAAACACUCGGUACAACAACGAAAGGCGAAGGCGAGUUUCUUGAAUGGGUUAAGCAGCGAAGGCUUGAUACAUUUGGCCCAACACACUACAAUCUCCUUAACCGAAAUUGUAACCACUUCACGCAAGCGGCAGCGCAGUUUCUCGUAGAGCGUGACAUUCCUAGUGAAAUCCGCGAUAUGAUUCCCACUGUGCUGGAUACUCCCCUUGGCCGCAUGCUUAAACCCAUGCUGGAAAUGGCCACCAGAGGCUUGGAAGCAUCCGCAAAGACAUCACAACUUUCUACUUCACCGCGGAAGAAAGUAUCAAACACCACUGAAACGCCCACUGUGAGUGAUUCCUCUACCUCCCUCGACGUUGCAACUGGCCUGAACUCGGAGAAAUCUCAUCUCUCAGUGGAGGAGCAUGAAGAAGUAAUGCUUGUCCGUGCGAUGCUGCAGAGUAAUGAAUUGCUCUCGUCAGGGACGCGGGAAGGCUUUAACACGACGAUGGGAGCACUUAUCCUGCUUCGGAUGGUCAUAACAAAUAUCCUGAGGAAUCCAACUCAACUCAAGUACAGGACGCUUUCUACUCAAGAUAAGGAGUAUAAGUCGAAAAUAGCACCUCUGGAAGAGUUUGGUGCAGCCGAUAUACUGCGUCUCUGUGGGUUCCGUCUGUUGCAGCACCCGACGUUGAAUCAAGCUGUGUGGUUCCUGAGUGAUGCGGACGGCAGUGAAGAUGUUCUGGCCAUAAUGGUGACCCACAUCACCGAGUUGAUUGAGUUGGUGGAAAGUGAGUAUCAAUCAGAGUUUUGCGCAGUAGAGGGAGAUCCAAAUAUAGGGACUUUCCAUAAAGAAAAAUACCCAGUUCCCCCCCUUACGUCAAACGCGAGUGAUCCAGGGGACAGGGCAAUGGAGGUCAUAAUGCACGACGCUGUGAAACCUAUCUCUUCGCUUGAAGACUUGAUGAAUUGGUCCCCUACAUCACCUGGAGCAAUUACCCCAGCAGCGCCGUGUCGCCGCCGCGUGCAGGCCAGUGUGGAAGAUGGUCCGAGGCUUUUAAUUUGCCAUGACAUGAAGGGUGGUUAUCUUCCAACUGACUACGAGCACUUCGCUGUCUGUAAUAGACUGAUGAAGGGUGCAUCAGCUCUCGUCCCGUCGGUGGUGAAUUGUAGCUAUACGGUGAGUUACUGGCAUCAUGUGGACUACUUUGUUUACUUUUCGCACAACUUCGUUACGGUUCCCCCAAAGGAGUGGAUCAGCUACGCCCACCGCGAGGGGGUUCCAGCCCUUGGAACGUUUAUUACCGAAGGCGAAAGCUUAACUCUUCGCAAGAUUCUACAUGAUGCCCAAAGUUCGGCGUCCACCAUUAGGAAGUUGGUGGAUUUAUGUGAUGCACACAACUUUGAUGGAUACCUUAUGAAUAUCGAAACAAAUUUAGAUGAAACCCUUGCAAAGCGCUUGAUAACGUUCGUGGCUACGUUAAAGAAAUCCCUCAACAAAUCGCGACCGCCUAACUCUGGGGAGCGCUUUGUAUUCUGGUACGAUGCUGUCACUGUGGAGGGAAUCGUUUCGUAUCAGAACGGUCUAACGUCCAAGAAUAAGCCCUUUUUUGAUGUCUGCAACGGCUUGUUCACAAACUAUGGCUGGAGACCGUACAGUCUCCCUUUAUCCACUGCGAUUGCGGGGCAAAGAAAUCGCGAUGUGUUUGUUGGUGUUGACAUAUUUGGCCGUGGUGUCUACGGAGGCGGAGGAUACGAUAGCCAUAAAGCUGCAGACUGUGCAUCUGGUGCAAAGCUUUCCAUUGCCAUUUUCGCGCCUGGUUGGACUUCUGAAUGCGUAGGAAAUGGCUGUCGCGAAAAUUUUCAGCGUAACGACGCGCACAUGUGGAGUAAAAUGCAGGAUAUAUGGACUACCAAGUAUCUUGAGUUGGACACUUUGCCGGUAUGGACGUGCUUCCUUGACGAAGUUGGAACACAAUUCUUCGUGAAUGGAGCUCCCGUUUUGGGUUGCGUUUCCAAUCAAAAUAGCCUUGGAAGCGGUGUAAAGUGCAGUAAUGAUGACACUGAUUUUUUUUUCCCUGAGUGGUGCCAAAUUUCACAGACACACAUAAAGCCUUGUUACAAGCUGGUGCGCGGUGGGGCGGAGGGGGAUCCAUGGUGUGUGCUGCCGUUCGAAGUGGUGGGUAAAGAUGGGUGCCACACCAAUAAAGAUGGACAGACUGUGCCCCUCGAUUGGUCGACAAAACAGGUGUGGAUGGGUAACCGUAGCAUGAGCUUCGCCGCUCCGCCAAACGCUACCGUUCCACUUAUGCGAUGGAAGGUACGUCUUGAAGUCGGAGCAGCUGACGGUGAGAAGACGUCCGACGCGCUGGCGUUCCUUGACAUUGCCUGGUUGUGUAACGCCGUAGAUGCGCAAGCGCACUCCGUGCGCUGCGUGUGUGUCGAGGGUGUAAAUGGCUCUUCCACGACACGGGUCGUGUUUGACGAGCAGCUUGCAUCCCCAGAGAGAAUAAUUGUCGUAGCAACUGUGGGAAAUUGGCAGAUUGUUCGUUACGUAAUUCCGGACAACGUUACAUGGACGCACGUCACUUGUUUGUCGAUACUAAACCCCUCUGAGAAUGAAUCACUUGUUUGCACUGUGGGUGGCGUUGCCCUGACUGAGCCGACAUACGAUAAUUCCACCAGUGUGUUGCUUUUGGGGGAUGCACAAAUCUUGCCCUCAACUUCGUAUACGGUGGACAAAACAUCAGACCCAACCACAUGCGUAGUCACACUUGACGUGCCGAAUGAACUGAGAAAAAAAUCAAACAAGGUCAUUCUGUUCGCGAAAAUUGGGUUUCCGGGUGGAAAACUUCUGAGUGCGUACUUGGGAACGCAUGAGAUAUCGAAGCAAAUUCUGUUACCGUUGAAUAUACCGUCUGAUGCUUUUGUUUACGAAAUGUUCUUCUAUGGAUCAGCUUCUGGAAACUAA